AAAUUGUUAAGAAAUGAGACAGGUCAUUCUAAAUAUUAUAAAAAUAAACGUUUUGAAAGAAUGAUUAGGUUAGAGUUUAUAUUUUAAUGUUCUUUUCUUUAAGGAGAUUUUUAAGAAACUUUAUGUAUUUGCCAUACACAUAUUACGAUUGACUGCUUAGGAGAUGAGGGAAGGUGUCCUCCACAAAGAAAAGAAAGGAACGAAUUAGGGCAGCUUUUCUCUCUAACCUGUGGUAGAAAAGUUCUCUACUAACCCAAUCCCUUUCCUUUUUUUUUGGAGACAUCCUCACCUAGGGUUUUAAUUCUCAUAAGUACUCUAAAUAUAUCUAUAGUAUUUGCUAGAAUAUAUUUUUUUUUAGUUAUCUAAACAAUAUUUAACCCAGAUAACCAAACCUGCAAAGCAGAAUCCCACAGCAAAUCCAUAUCCUACUGUGUCUGCAUUAAGCUCGUGUUCUGUGGACAGAGACUGCAUUUGACUGAUCUGUUCCUUUUCUGUUGCCAAUAUGCUGUCAGAUUUUGUUCAGCAGAUUCUGUUUACAAAACACAAGCUUAAUGUGGACAUAGUAUGCUAUGGAUCUGCUGUAUGGGAUUCUGCUUUUGCAGGUUUGAUUAUCUGGAUAAAAAAUUUAUUUGUGAAGAUAAUGGAUAAAAUGUAUAAUCCUUAUGAUCGUCAAGCAUCACCAAAAAUUUGCUUAAAAGAUUACUUUCAACAGUAUAGCGAAUUGAUCAAGUCGUCCAUGUGUCAUGACAUUGAUAUGCAAAGUGACGAAGAGAUUUUUCAACUUAUGAACACCAAUCUCUCACAACCAAGAGCACUUUUAAUGAAACACUAUUGCAGUAUUGAUAAUUUAACAUUGCCAAUGGAAAUUGCCAAUGCGGAGGCACGAGAGAAACAAGGAUAUAUUAAUGUACCUGAGAGUUUGGAUAACGUUUCAUUAGAGACAAUUAAAGUAUUGAAGACCUUGUCUAAAGAAUCUUUGAAAAGGCAAAUAAAAAAUCAAAAUGGUAUUCCUGUCAAAUAUGAUAAUUUAAAAUUGUCUGAUGUAUUGUCUGAUGAUUCUGAUAUAAAACCGGGCGAAGAAUUUCUGAUUUAUGUCAGAGUAUAUGAACCAUUCAGAAGCUAUCCUCGUUAUGUUAAAUAUAAAUUGGAUAUUCCAGCACUUAAACUUAAAAAUGUUAUUUCGAUAUUGGGUCGUCAGACUCUUUAUGAGCUACGUCAAAAGAUAAUGUGUCAGUCUGACUUAUCGAUUACAAAAGAAACUAGUGAAAAUCCAAAUCAGAAGUCUGGACCGAUGGCAAAAGAAGUCUAUCAAUCAGGAUUCUUUUAUAUCGAAGAUACGUUUUAUAAUGAUAUGAGUUUGCCGACUAACAUUGAUUAUAGUAAAGUUAUAUUGGAAUGGGCGUCAACUCGUGAUAUAGGCCCAUUUAAAAUCGAUACCAUGGACGCUAAAAUAAAUUCUCUUUGCAUAAGGUUCGGGUUUCCGUGGGUGUAUCAGCACCAGGGUUGUUGUGAACACUUGAUUGUCUUUACUGACGCUAGGUUGGUAACUAUAGAUGAUGUAUUAACAUCAACGGCUUAUCCAAGAAUAGAAAGCAUAAGACCUGUUUCUGGAAAAAACUGUAUCUAUUGUGGAAUAUUUAAUGUGCACUGGAUUGUAACAGACCAUGAUAGAAUACCGCAUGACAUAAGUUAUUUCUGCAAUAAAUGCUUCAUAUCUUAUAAUUAUGUUGAUGGUAAGAAAAUUGGAAAUUUUAAAGCGUACAGUUAUCCCUGUAUACCGCAAUUAAUGUCAGUAACAAAAGUAUCUAAAGUAUCUAAAAAGUCUUAAUACAAACUUAUUUAUGCAUAUACAUGAAUUAUAUUUUAUAAAUUGUAAUUUGAAUAUACUUAAAGCUAAUUUACAAUGUGUUCUUUUGCUUUUUGUUUCUUGCUUUUUUAUUCUUUUUUACCUCUUCGCAAUGUUUUAUCAAAAUUGGCGAGAUGAAAAGUCCACGAACUUCGAAAAAAAAAACCAAAAACAUGAAGAAACACAAUUGUUGAUAAAAUAACGCGCGAAAAAACAAAAUAGAACGUAUUGUAAAGAGCAUAUUGCAAAUUAGGCUUUAGAAUAUAGAAGAUGUAUAUAAUAAAGUUAUUUUAUUGACGCUUU